CCCCACCCACAGCCCCGGCAAGACAAUUGGAAGCUACGGUGCAGUGGAAGUACGUACGUGACCUCUAUUAGCCUACAGCUACAUUACAAGUUACAGGUCUACGUGCAAGCCAUUCAGCCAGCGUAUAUGAUGGGCAACACACUGGCUCAGACUGUUCAAUUUCUGAGGGACCCAAAUCUGGUUAGAACAUUUCAAGAGUUCUGUGGUGUCCAGGAAGUGCUGAUGGAAAACACACUCUAUGCAAUUCCAGAGAGUGAAACAGACUCAGAAAAUGAUGAAAUUGGCCCUUCAAAUUCAAGGGAAGAAUCAAAAUCCUCUCGAAAAGAUCAAAGUUACAGGUCAAGUGGUGACAAUGUACGAUUUAGACAAGGCCACAGUCGUGAAUCCAGUGGUGAUGUUCCACAAUUCAAGCGGGGCCACAGUCGCGAAUCUAGUGGUGAUGGUCCACAAUUCAAGCGAGGCCACAGUCGCGAAUCCAGUAAUGAUAGCAACAUUGCUCAAUGGCUGAGACGAAAAACAAAAUACCGUCACCGUAUCAAAUCUUCUCCCUCUGCAUCUCCCACUCACAGCCGAACCUCCUCAUUGGAUUCUGAAAUAGACCCCACCUUACUCGAACCGUUACAAGUCGAAGUUAUUGUCGAAAGUUAUCCAUUCCUUGACCUCUAUUUCAGACUAGCCACCGAGUGUGGACAUGAACCAUUCUAUAUCACUUUUAUCCCAUUUAUCUUCUGGAAUAUUGAUGGUUUCCUGGCCUAUAAAGCCAUUGUGCUGUGGAGUAUUUCUAUGUAUGUGGGACAGGCGUGUAAGCAGCUUUUCCAAUGGAAACGACCAGCGAACCCUCCUUCUUUCAGACUGCAACAAGAUCCGAAUCUAGAGACUGAAUAUGGCUUUCCAUCGACGCAUGCAACUGUAUCAACCGUUAUGCCAUUCUAUUUUUUCUAUGGAACCUAUGGACGGUAUGAGUAUCCUUUUUGGUUUGGACUUCUAUUGGCUUGUAUAUGGACAUCAUCAGUUAGUUUCAGUCGUAUCUAUCUAGGAGUGCAUUCAAUAAUGGACAUUAUUGGUGGUAUCUUCGUCGCCAUAGUCAUCCUUCUCAUAACAUUACCAAAUAUGGACUCCAUUGACCAACUUUUGAGACACUCUGACUACUACAUAAUCUACGUGGCUAUCUUUGGGGUGAUAUUCCUAGUCUACAUUUACCCAGUGAACCCAGAUAAUUGGUCACCAGACAGAGGAGAUACAGCCGCCAUUAUAGCUUCCAGUGCUGGUAUUGUGGUGGGUUACUGGUAUCAGGGAGCUUUCCCUGGUGAUCUACUCCCAGGGCCGUUUGUGACUGAGCUGCCUUCGAUUCAUGUUAUCAGUUUAUCUUUUGUUCGGUUUGUAGUCGGAGUUCUUAUUCUCUUGCCGACACGUUUUGUGAUGAAACUGAUCUGUUUCAAGCUGCUGCCAGUCUUGAUGCCUACUCAUGGGGUAAAGGAAGUGAUACAUAGACCCCUAGUUGAGCUGCCUUACAAGAUCGUUACUUAUGGUGUUAUUGGAUUCAAUGCAACUUGCCUUGUUCCUAUCGUUUUUGAUAUUUGUGGAAUAUCAAGAGGUUGAUCACUACUCCAAUGGACUUAUAUCUAGUUUGUAAUAAUUUUCUCAGUGCUGAAGCUUAUUCUUUAUAGAUACAUGCAGGUGUACAGUAUUCUAUAACAAUUCUGAUCAUUGACAA